CCCGCGACCCGGUAACGGAUAAGCGGAUGAAAAUGAAUGAAUGGAAAGAUGGAAAUUACAUGGUUGUAACUCACAGGUUGUCAUGUGGGAUCGAACCUAGGACUCUAUGUUUGUGCUUUGUGGAACCACUUAAACUAAUGGGACUCAAACCCACAAUCCCGGGCUUAGGAUUGUGGGAUAAUUUUGCCAUUGCUGUGUUAAAAUUAGAAAAAAUGUAGUUCAUUGUUUCAGAUCUGUUAUUUGAUCAGAUCUAUUAAGAAAUAUGAACUUUUUAACCUUUAUUAAAAACCUUUUCACUUACCUUCAAAUGUGUACUACCACCUAGAAAAGAGACUACUUUCCUAUUUGAGUGGUGAGCUCUCAGUGCUACUGACUUCAUGGCCUUUAUUUGGUGUUGUGUUUGGGGAAUAUUGAUAAAGUUAUCUGUGUUCUGCUUCACAUUUCUUGAGAUUCAGACCUGUUUAUGUGCUCUGUUCUGUGGUACAGUCGGUUAAGUGUUUUGUUUGAGGGCGUUAAACGAUCACUUUUAAAGUGAUUCAAUGUGAUAUCACCAGAGAAACUUCCUUUGAUACUAAAUAUUAACCCUUAGAAAUUGUAAAAAGUUCCAAGUCUUUGAAGCUACACAGUUCAUGGUGUCUUUGAUUGCUUUUAUCUUAACCAGAUGACUCUGUGUGCAAGAACUCUCCAACUGGUGCGACUUUAUGAAUGUGAUGUGAUAUUUUUCCACAACACCAUACAUUUAUGAGCAGUGACCGGUGUUUGUGGUCAGAACUUAGUGCUGACUUUUUCAGCAGGUGUUUGACAAAACUGUGAUUCUGUAAAGAAUGGUCCCCACUCUACCUGCCCAGAGUGAGCAGGUAGUACCACCAGGCACUCUUAACUCGGGCUCCUCCGUAUACUGCGUGCAGUCCAUCCUGGGACAGGGCGCCUAUGGCAUUGUUGUCAAAUGUGUAAAAAUAAAGGACAUGACCACUGUUGCCGUCAAGAUGAUUAAGCAACGGCCGUGUUUUCUGAAGCUAGCCAACAUUGAAGUGGCCGCUUUGAGCAGACUGAAGUCUCUGUGUGUUGACAAAUGCAACCUUGUCAAAUGGCACAGAGUCUUCAUGGACAAAGGACAUGUGUGUUUGGAGUUUGAACACCUUGACAAGAGUUUGUACGAGUUCCUGAAGGAGAGAGACCGCUGUUCACUUCUUCUGAAAGAGAUCAGACCCAUCAUCCAGCAGUUGGCCAAUGCACUCAACCAUUUAAAGCUCGCAGGCAUCAUACAUGCAGAUCUCAAGUUGGAGAACGUGAUGUUGGUCAGCCACGAGAAGGAGCCCUACAGGGUCAAAGUCAUUGACUUCGGCAUGGCCUGUAAGGACUCGGAGGCCAAAGUAGGGUCCUACAUUCAAAGCCGUCCAUAUCGAGCCCCAGAGAUCAUCCUAGGACUUCCAUUCACCGUGGCUAUUGAUAUGUGGUCUUUAGGUUGCUUGGCUGCUGCUCUCUACCUUGGGACCCAGCUCUACCCUGGAAAGACGGAGUACGACAUGAUGAGGUUCAUCGUGGAGACAAGGGGUCAGCCAGCAGACCACCUCCUCUCGCACGGACGAAAAACUUCUCGUUUCUUUCAGAGGGACAACAGUUCCACCCCUUCCCUGUGGAAACUCAAAAGCCCACAACAGUUCUAUACAGAGACAGGGAUUCGCCCAAUGAAGAACAAACAUUUCAGGGUUACCCGUCUGGAUGAUCUUAUUCACACUCAGGCCGUCCACUGUGAUAAUGCUGCAGAUAAAGUUGCUCAAAUGAGUGACGCACUAAUGUUUGUAGACAUGUUGAAGGAGAUGCUUCAUCUUGAUGCAACCAAACGAGCUACACCCGGUCAAGUGCUGCAGCACAAGUACAUCACCAUGCAGCACCUCAUCAGCAUGAUCCCUCACAGUAACCACGUAGUCUCCUGUUUUCACAUAAUGGACCGUUUUCAGGACAAAAAAGAUGCCCGUCCAUCUCUGCAGAAGAAUUCCCCCAGGUCUAAUAUUCCUGUGGAGCUGACUGCAAUGUACAGGAAAUAAAAGACUCUAUUAUUACUGCAAGGACCCAAGACUAAGUGAAAAUGUCCUGGACCUGGACCUGGAUCCUGACCCCGCUCCCCUCCC